CAGAUACUGACCCUCAACUCUGGCCUCUACAGAUAUUUUUACAUUUCCCGCAGCCAGAAAUGACAGAAAAUAUUUAGAUAUAUAUCUGUAAUUGUGCUCACAAGUAUCAGAGAACAAGAUCUCAACCGAACGGUGAGACCUAAGUGAGACAGGGAGAUGGCUGGUACACAGUAGAGAGUGAAGAUGCUGGUUGAGAUCUGCACUGUUGCUAUCUGCUGGGUCAUAACAGCAAGCUGUAGUCAGUGCAUAGAGCCUCGUGAGACAGGUAGAAACUUCUCCAUCACAGUGACCCAAGACGUUACAGUAGAGGCUGGACGGUGCAUUCCUAUAUCAUGUAAAUUCACAUACCCAGGCAACAUUACUAAAUACGUACGAAGAGUCUGGUUCAAAGGAGAUCCACUUACACCUGUAUUUGAAAAAGAUGCAGAGGUGUGUGGUGUUGAUUGGCAGAUCCUGAAAGGUCCUGAAAGGUCUUGCAGCUUUUUCCUCGAAGACCUGCAAGAAGGAGAAAGCGAGUAUAGAUUCAAGUUAACAUGGGGAGAUGAUCAAAUGUAUGUUUUUCCUGAGAGGGUACGAGUCUCAGUGUCUGCUCUAACCCAGAAGAAGCCCACUGUGGAGACACCCCCUCUCACAGAGGGGGAGUGGGCCACACUGACCUGCAAAGUAUAUUCACUAAAUGACCUCUGCCUGCAAAGACCAGAAAAAGAUUUUGUUGGAAUAGCCUGGAGAGGGACAGAGAACUUAGGCAUCUUGGGGAUAAUACCUCAAUCAAAAGCAGAGAAUGGAAUCAGUGUGAAAAAGUUCUCUUUCAAUCCUAAAUCCGAACAUCACAACAUCAACCUAACAUGUAUCGGCUUCUACAGCAACGUCAACAUUACAGUGGAGAAAACGGUGACUUUAACAGUAAAAUACCGUCCCAAGUUCCUGAAUGGCUCUGUGUGUGUGGUCCAAGCAGAGGUCCUGACAUGUGUUUGUGUCAGUCAGGGGGUUCCCUUACCAGUGAUUGCUUGGCCAAUGUUAGGGGUCUAUAUUAGUUACAGUGUCAUCGUCUCCAGGAGUGACCAAACCGUGAACAGCACCAUCACCAUGUCUGCCUCAGAAUACCAGAACAGCAGCGUGGAGUGUGUCAGCAGGAAUGUAAUUGGCCAGAACGAGAUGGAGUUCCCCAUACUACACCAAGCUGAAGGGGGGCUGACACGGAAGUUCUUCAGUUUAACAUCCUAUGUAUGUACGUAUAGGACUCGUGUUACAUUUUAAUAUUUGAGUGAAGAAGAAUCACCAAUUCAUUUCUGCUCAAAUUGAGCUCAAAUCAAAGACAUUGAGAACAACAUUGUCAUACUACAAAAAUUGUCAAGUGCAAAAUUCACCGUUAAUGUCAUUAUAAUCUGGGAAUGUGAUUUAAUUUAAAACUUUUCUUCAACAAUGUGCAUUAUAAAGAGGCGACUAUUUAUUAAAUAUUGUUUGUUGUCACGCCCUGGCCUUAGUUAUCUUUGUUUUCUUUAUUAUUUUAGUUAGGUCAGGGUGUGACAUGGGGGAUGUUUGUGUGUUUUUGUCUCGUCUAGGGUGUUUGUAUUGUCUAGGGUUUUUUGUAGAGUUCAUGGGGUUGUGUUCAGUGUAGGUGUUUAUGUAAGUCUAUGGUUGCCUAGAUUGGUUCUCAAUUAGAGACAGCUGUCUAUCGUUGUCUCUGAUUGGGAGCCAUAUUUAGGCAGCCAUAGUCAUUAGGUAGGUUGUGGGUGAUUGUCUAUGUGUAAGUUGCCAGUGUCUGCACUUAGUGUUUGUAUAGCUUCAUGUUCGUCGGUUUGUUGUUUUUGUUUAGUGUGUAAAGUGUUGUUCAUUUCGUCUUCAUUAAAAAGGAAGAUGUAUAGAUAUCACGCUGCGCCUUGGUCCUCUUCUCUUCCACAAUACGACGAUCGUGACAUUUGUACUCAGUUUAUGCACAGUUUACUGAACUAUAGUUUCAUAAUCACCUCCUUAUAACACACAUUGUUGAAGAAAAUGUUUAAAUUAAAUCACACCACGAGAUUAUUACUGUCACGCCCUGUUCUGUUUCAUCUGUCCUUGUGCUUGUCUCCACCCCCUCCAGGUGUCGCCCUACUUCCCAAUUAUCCCCUGGGUACUUAUACCUGUGUUCUCUGUUUGUCUGUUGCCAGUUUGUCUUGUUUGUCAAGUCAACCAGCGUUUUUGUCUUAGCUCCUGCUUUUCCCCAGUCUCUCUUUUUCCCGCCCUCCUGGUUUUGACCCUUGCCUGUUCUGACUCUGAGCCCGCCUGCCUGACCACUCUGCCUGCCCCCCUGUACCUUUGCGUCUACUCUGGAUUACCGACCUCUGCCUGCCCUGACCUGUCGUUUGCCUGCCCCUGUUGCUGUAAUAAACAUUGUUACUUCAACACAGUCUGCAUGUGGGUCUUAUCUGAAGCAUGACAGUACGAACUGGCCAUGACUGACCCAGCAGACUUGGACCAGCUCCGCAGCACCAUCUCCUCCCAAGGAGCCACCAUUGGUAGGCACGAGGAGUUGCUUCGCGGUCUGAUGGAAGUGUUCCAGGCCGUGGUCGAACGUCAUGACCUAGCAUUGGACGCAUUGCGUGAGCAAUUGCAUGGGUUGCCUACUAGGCAACCUACCAUGAUGGUAACCUCCCAGACCCAGCUGGUAGCAGCGCCGUCACCCCGGUUUCCUGGGAACAACGAAUUCCUCCCCCGGAGCGCUACAAUGGAGAUUCCAGAACCUGCCGGGCCUUUCUCUCCCAGUGCUCCCUCGUUUUCUUGCUGCAGCGUUCUUCGUUCCCCUUGGACCGCUUGAGGAUAGUGUAUAUCAUUACGCUGAUGUCCGGGAGGGCACUCGCCUGGGCCACGGCGGUGUUGGAGCAACAAUCUGCCGUCUGCCUCAGUCUGAAGGGAUCUGUGGUGGAGGUGACCGGCCUCUGCCUGACUUGACCCUGAGCCUGCCUCCCGUCCUGUACCUUUGCCCCACUACUCUGGUUUAUCGACCCCUGCCUGCCGUGACCUGUCGUUUGCCUGCCCCUGUUGCUGUAAUUAACAUUGUUAUUUUCCACUUUGAAAAUGUCACCUGAAGUGUGAAAAGACAAUUGUUUUAGAAAAGUAUAUCAGUAACCACAUUUCCAUCCAAAUAUUUUUGCUAGUAAAGCCAUACCGUAUAAAAACAAAUCAUGACAUCUGUGAUGAAAACAGGAAGUUUCGGUACAAUUUUAUAAAAGGUAAAACUACAAUCCCACAGUUUCACACAUGGGGACAUAUGGCAUGAGGUCAGGUGGCCUAUUCUUAUCAUUGUUAUAUUUAGCUUUUUUAUCAAUAAAUUAUGCAAUGUAGGACUGUCUGAGCAAGGUAAAUGAUUCUCAAGGAAAACGUUUUAGCUCCGUCCUGUUAACUGAAAGUUGCAACCAGAGACAGUAGCCUACCAGUUAGAGAGACGAGCCAGCAACCGGACCAGUUCCAAUUCCGGGUCCGAUUGGAAAAGUCUGGUGGGAAGUGAGCUGGCACCAGGAGGGUUUCUGGUAUAAAAUCCUACAUGCCAUUGCCUGCCGUUGUGCCCUUGAACAACCCCCCACAACAACAGCUCCCCGGGCACCAAGUGACAGGUUAGUGUUUUUUGUCAUGAAUCUCAUUCUGGAGGCAGCUCUGCAGAGUGGUCAAUAGCUGACACAGCCACAAAGUAAUACAAUCUGAUGUUAAACCGAAUUAACCAUUGCCUUAAACACACAGCUAAAUCUAAUGCCUAACCUUAAAUUACAUUUUCCAUUGCUAUACGCUUUUUUGUGUGUGUGGAUGCGCAGAAAACAUUUUUAUGUGAAUGAAUUCAAACUUUUUUCUGAGUAAUGUCUCUGGUUUUAUGCAACAACAAAAAAGCUCAAUUUUAACCAAAUGAUGUUGUAUUUUAUGUAAAAGCACAUAAGGAAGCUACAAGUUUCUGUUAUCUUCCUCAUGUUCAACUAUGUUAAUAAAGAUGUUAUGUAGAUAAUCAAGGUAACACAUUUGUGCGUAUUAUCAAGUGAAAUGGUUUAAAAUAAAGCUUUGUGUGAUGUAGCUACUGCAAACAAUGAGGGGUGGUGUGGCGAGAAUAACUGUUACACACUGUAUCAAUAAAGUAAUACUAAUACAUGGAGAUAUAGAAUGUAUUUGGGGUGUAUUUUCCUUACUGUUUUGGGUAUGAGAGAACAGAUAACAUACUAUAUAGAUAAACUGAGCUGGUCACAUUCUCUGUUGUUUACUUUAUUUAUUUGUUGUUUGGAACCAAAGAAAGAUGGCUUUGCUUGAGGCGGGACAGACUUGUAAAAUAAAGAGAAUGAUCAAACAUCAUCAUAGAGCUCAUAUUGUCAUUAAGUAAUAACAGUGCUAAUUUGCAGAAAGAUUGCAGAAUUCUGAUCGGAAUUAUUGUGUCAAAGAUAUAAAAAAAAAUCAUCACAAGAACAAUAAUGAAUACCACAAAAUAAAGAAAGUACAAAUCUGCUUUCCAACACACUGUGACAAACAAAUUAGAUAAGACAUGAACAGCGCUUCUCCAUUUUGUUUCCAGGUUUAGAAAGAAAUAAACCCCCCAUGAGGCGUUCAAGAGAACUGACGACAGUGUUACUAAACGGAUGUCCAUAUUGGCAUGUCUCAAUGUUGGGUAACAUGUUGAACGCUCUGACAUCAGGUCUAGUGACUUAACUAUGUCAGAACAAUUACAUAAAAUAUGUUAUUAACAGUCAUGACAGCUGACAUAAGCUUGACACCUGACUUGACACUGUCAUGGCACAAAUCUUUGCUUCAGUCAGUUUAUUGGCUUAGGAUACAGCUAGCCAACUAAUUUACAUAAAUAACAAUUUGUGUCGUGACAGUGUAAAGGGUUGUCAGUAUUUUCACAUCAGUUUUCAUGACCGAAAAUGACAUGUGUUAUGUUAUGACCGCGUUACGUCACCCUUAUGACAGAGAAGUCAGUUAAAGUGUUACCAAACCUGUAUCCGACUUGCCUGUGUAAAUCACUGUUGUAAUACUGAGCAUGUACUGUACAUACCGUAGUAUGUUUACACAUAUGGCUGACAGCAUAAUAGUCAUGCAGGGUAUUUAUUUACAUAAUGUAUACUGGUAUCCUUUUACCCAUCCAUCUGCAGCUUAUUAAUAUUGUAUUAACAGUCAUUGUUAUCUAGUGAUGCCGUUAGUGAGCUUGGAGAUUACAAUACAUGAGUUGAUCAAGUAUAUUUGAAUAGCACAACCAACUGGUAUAUCAGCUUCAAUGUUGUGCCACUCAAACGCCUCAUCUGAUACAACCCUAUAGGAUUAGGCUUCGAUUUCACAAUUCACAACCAUUGAAGAAGACAUUUUGGGAGAAGCGGUCUCAGGUAAAGUGAUACUUUGAAACAGCCACAGUGAUCAGUGUUCGCUGAUCUUUCAGCACUGUUUGCACACACACACACACACACACAUUGUCUCAACGAGAUACAUUUUGGCCUGCUGUGCGAGUGCUACAGUGGAGUCAUGUAUGCCAGAUUGAUCCAAAAAUGUAUUCUACCCCAUUGGUUCCCAUUUAAGGAUAAGUUAACACUUACACUUAGCAAAACAGAGAAAUCGUCCAAAAAUACUAUAAUUAAAUCAUGGCCAACGACAUAAACAGAACAUUCUGU